UCCCCCCAACACACACAUGGGGGGCCAAGCCCUGGCGUCUGGCCCCUGGCAUUUGUCUUCACAACAUCCAGGCUCCUCACAGGCCAUCCUGCUCCCAGAGAGCCUCUGAACCUGGGGAGCCGUGGGGUGGAGAGGGGUGUCUGUUCCACUCUAGGGGAUCCUGGGACACUGCAGCAGGAUGGGUGGGCGGCCUUCAAGCCCCCUGGACAAGCGGCAGCAGCAGCACCUGAGGGGCCAGGUGGACGCCCUGAUGAAGAACUUCCUGCCCCAGUACCGCGUGCAGCUAGCAGCCUCAGUCCUGCGCCAGAUUUCCCGGGAGCUGGUACCCCAGGAGCUGGCUGGAUGCCAACUACUGCACAGCAAAAAGCUGCCCCGAGUCCGUGAGCACCGAGGGCCCCUGAUCCAGCUGCAGGGCCACCCACUUCAGUGGCAGCCAGUCUUCUGUGUCCUUCGUGGGGAUGGCCGCCUGGAGUGGUUCAGUCGCAGAGAGGAGUAUGAAAAUGGGGGCCGUCCUCUGGGCUCUGCAGCCCUGACAGGGUACACAGUCCUGACUUCCCAGCAUGAAUAUCUCCACCUGUUGGACACUCUCUGCCCAGAUUCCCCAGGAGACCAUACAGAGGAAGAGCCUGAACCCCUCCUGGAAAUGCCUGUGAACUUCCCCCUGUUCCUUCAGCAUCCCUUCCGAAGGCAUCUCUGUUUCUCUGCAGCCACAGGGGAGAUGCAGCGUGCAUGGAGGCUAGCCCUGCAGGGUGGCAUCCGGCUUCGUGGCACAGUCCUGCAGCGAAGUCAGGCCCCCGCCGCCCAUGCCUUCCUGGACACCAUACGGCUCUACCGGCAGCACAAAGGCCACUUUGGCCACGACGACAUGACACUGGGCUCGGACGCCGAGGUCAGUGCCGCGCAAGCCCGCACCGGGACCCCCAGAAACUCUCUAGGCCCACACCGGAGCCCACGGUCCCCUCUUCUGCAGGUGCUGACCGCGGUGCUGAUGCGGGAGCUGCUGCCGGCACUGCAAGCCCAGAUCCAGACGGGCUUGCGAGGGGCCGGCCGAGCCAGGGCCUGGGCCUGGACAGAGCUCCUGGAUGCAGUUCACGCCGCCGUCCUGGCCGGAGCCUCUGCGGGGCUCCGCGCUUUCCAGCUCGAAAAAGACGAACUGCUCGCGGCCUUGGAUAGGACUAUCCGCCCGGACGUGGACCACCUUCUGAGGCUGCGAGGGCGCGUGUCAGCGAAGCUGCUGGCUGAGGUCCAGGGCCCCCUGGAGUCGUGCCUGAGCAGAAAGGUGGAUGCGCAGCUGCCCCGACUCACACAGACUCUGCUCAGUACCGUGGAAGCAGCACUUGCGGCAGUGCAGACACUCCUAGUCCAGGGCAUGGACCGCCUGUCUCGCCACCUGCGUGGGAGCCCCUCCAGCACCCGGCUGCGGAAGGAGGUUUACUCAUUCGGUGAGAUGCCAUGGGAUCCAGAGCUGAUGCAGACCUGCUACCGUGAGGCUGAGCGGAGCCAGGGCCACCUGGGGCAACUGGUGGCACUGUUCGGCUUCUCUGGAGUACGAAGUCUGGUGUUUGGGGCCCAGGAUCUCUCACAGCAGCUCAUGGCUGAUGCCGUGGCCACCUUCCUGCAGCUAGCUGACCAGUGUCUGACCACAGCCCUGGACUGCAUCCAGGCUGCCCAGCAGCUGGAGAAAGUCAGGGGGCGUGUGCUAAAGAAGUUCCAGUCGGACAGUAGCUCAUUCCAGAGGAAGUUCGUCCGCAGGUGGCAGAUCUGCAUCUUUUUGCCCUUUGUGCUGAGCCAGCUGGAGCCAAGUUGCAAAGCGGAGCUGUCUGAGUUUGAAGGGGAGGUUCUUGCUGUGGGCAGCCCUGCCCUGACCAUCGAGGGCAUCUAUGAGGAUGUCAUUCAGGGGGCCCUGCUGCAGAGGAUUGACAGAGAAUUGAAAAAGGCCCUGGGUGCCAGCGAUGUGUCCUGUGCUCUGGAUGGCUGCUCAGAAGUCCCAUGGAAACAGGCGGAAGCAGAUGAGGAAACUGAGGCUCAGAGAGGGACUUGCCCCAAGCAGCCAGGCACCUGCACUGAGGUCCAGCCACUCUACCCACUGCUGCCUCCAGGGACAUUCUGGAGCUGAACCUGCCUACAGCCAUCUUCAUUACCGGUGGAUAAAUGUCUGCUAGUAGAAUUUCUGAGUUAUAUGAAUGAUUUCAAG